AUGCGUUUUGAAACCACAUUCAUCGCCCCUCUCCGCCUAAAUACCAAGAAUGCUGCGAAAGGCAGCUUCAAGCUUACCAUCGAGGGCACGAAGGCCUACAGCACACCAAGCACUGGUAGGACCAAGAGCACCACAAUCUCCAACUCUGGACCAUCUCCAUCAACCUUCCGCUUCCUCGACUUGCCAGGCGAGAUGCGCAACGAUGUCUACAAGAUCCUCCUGACCCACAACAAGGCCGCCGGGCUUCGCGCCUCCCCAUCCAUCUUGCAAGUCAACCACCAGAUCCACAGCGAAGCUUCUGGUUUCAUCUACUCGGAGAGCGUCGCAACCAUAAAGAUCUUUAGCAAAUACAUGGGCGGCGUCGUUGUUCAAGGCGACAUUGUUGACAAUCUUUACAAUAGUCGACACAAAGUCCCCCUCGUCAACGACUCAACCUCAGCGCUAGAAUUCGACGACCCGAUCAGUAAAUACUCCGCUCUCUGGCCCGUAUACCUCAGCCAAAUCCCACACAUCAAACUCGAGAUCCAUUUCGACGACAGCGCCAAUAACGUCGACACCAGCAACUCGACCUGGUUUGCGAGCGAUCUCAGCCCCGCAAACCGCUGCCUCUACUCACUCGUGUCAUACCUCAUGAACAGCCACGGCAACACAUCAAGCACAAAAAUCUCCGGCCGCGUCUCCACCCUCGAUAUCAACAUUCACGCCACCGAACUCCAGAACCCAAACCUCUCCCGCGCAUGGGAAAUCUUGCUGUACCCACUCACCAAAAUCCCAAAGAUCUACACCUUGCGCACCAACCUCUCCCCCGAAACCAACAUCCUCAAUGCGCGCUCCUCUCCCUCUCCAGAAAUUUCCGCCAACCUCCUCGCCCACUGGCCCACCAUCCGCCCUCUCGCCACCCUCUCCCUGAACCUGACAUCACAUUUCGCAAAACCCUCCACCUCGCAUCAAUCUCGAACGCGCUACGCCUCCACCUUACUCGCAACCUCGCCCACAGCAUUCGGGAUGGAAAUCAAGAAAUCCGAAGCGCUGAAUUUGACCAGUCUGAUUUCCCUGGGCCGAUUGGUGUUCCAAACGCUCAAGUUUGGGAUUGAGGACAAGGCUUGUAUUUUCGAUCGGAGAGCGGAUGUUCGCAUGACGGGGUUGAUGGGAGUCCUGGCGGAAUGCGUGCUGACGUUGAGGGGUUUCGAUGACCAUGUUGGUGCGAAGGGGGUGGAGAAGGCGAAAGAGUCCGCUUUGAAUGAUGAGAUGUGUUUCGGCGCGGAAGAGGGCUCGAAGGGCGUGAUUGUAGUUUCCGUGGGUCCCACAAGGGGGCCUAAGAAUCGAGUUGACUGUAUGUGA